AGGAACAUCAGCAGGAGUUGAGUUUUACGUUGAAUAGUCCGGUAGGUGGCGCCGUGUCGGUUGCCGUAAACGGUUUUUGUCGGUGAAACAUCACCGUAUUAAUAAGAACGUUAGGUUAUGUGCGGCGAUCUGUGUUGCGGUGGUGAAAUCGCGAGAGCAGCCCUUCAAAUAAAAAUGUCUGAUUUUCCAUAGUGGAGUACCGUAUAGAAAGUAAGGUUAUGUCGCUCGAUUAAGAAGCGUUAAAUGUAGUAGUGCACGUAACAAAUAAUGGCAAACCAUGGGAAAUCAUUAGGGCAAAUCUACAUUGGGUAACUGUGGGUAUCGUCUCGCCUAAAAAUUGUCAACAUAGUCAACAUGCCGGUGGGCACGAGCUUUGAGAAUUCCGCCAUGAAGACGAGCUUCUCGUUGUCGUCUCUCCAGGCGUUCGAAACACCGGAGAAGGCUAUCAAGACGCGUCCGUUCAACAGUCUUACAAAACGUAGAAAGGAGAAUAUCGCCCGUAGGUCCUGGGGCAGUAGCGCCAGCGUCCAAAAGGAUGAAUUCUGGUCCGCCCUCCAACCCAAUUACGAUUAUAUCAUGAACAACAAUAUAAUUGAUAAUUGCCAGGAGGUUAAUGGAGAAAUGGCUGACGAAUCUCAGAUGUGGUCUUUUGAAGUCUUCUGCCGUCAAUUCUCUGAACUCUAUUCUUGGUUGAAUAGCGUUCAAGAGGUCAUUUACGGCACUGAGGAGAACGUCACCGAUAAGGCUCUUAGGGCUCACUUGAUGAGCGCUAUGUCGAAAAAGAGCGAUAUCCAUAAGUUGUUUAAUGAGAGGGCCACUCAGGUUAUUGCAAAAAAUCCCGAAUAUUCCGAAGAAGUCCAAUGGAGGCUCACUCGACUUAACGCCAAGUGGGAAUCGUUGGAGUCUGUUUUGAAAUCUUCAGAUUGCGGCUGUCACGAAGAAAACUGCUUAGAUUUGGAUCAUGAGGUAAAGUGUCUUCAGGGUUGGAUAAAAAAUAUCGAAAUCAUGUUGCAACCCGUUAAUUUUAAAACGAAAUGGACCAAGCCCGAAAUUGAAAAGAAAGCUUUAGAACACAAGGUUGUACACUGCGACAUUGAAAACCAUGGGAAGAUUGUAACUUCCUUGAUUAAAGUGUGCCAGCGUACCGACGCCAGUUGUAACAACGCCAGCGCUAAGCGCGUCGCUGAGAAUUUAGAGAAGAGAUGGCAUCUGGUCUUUCUUAAGUCUUUGGAGUGGCAGUGUCAUAUUGAAAACUUACUUAAAAGCGAGUACAACUUAUCUGAUACAGAACUCGAAGACGAGCCAGCGGUUAAACAUCCCAGACUCACAGUGCCAACGCCUUCAGCUGACGAACUUGAUGGUUUGCUCGUCAAAGGAGUCGAUAAACAUGAUUUAAUCUUCACCGAAGAUCAAAGCCAUUAUACGAGAUCGAAUCGACAAGGUACAAACCAAGCUACUUACUACUUCAAGCACAUCGACACAGACUCCGAAAUGGAUAAACACGACUUAAAAUUGGAAAAACCCGAAGAAACCCAUAACCAAUGCGAAGAAACCACCGACGACGAAGAAGAAUGGACUUUUUCCGUACUUGAUCUAAAGGAUAGAAACGGAACCGAAGAAAACGGUGAUGUCACAAAACCAAUAACGGAAAACAUACACUAUUUAGUUCAAAAAGCCGAAGAAUUAGUUAGAGAAUCCCCCGCGCAAAGAGCGCGUGGUAACUCAAUUGAAGUCCCUGUAAAUAAACUCAACAGAGUCAAACAAUGGCUUAACAUUCAACCAAAAGACCCUGAUAGUAGUUGCGAUGCAAGCGGAGAAGACGACGAACGUGAUUCCCAAACUUCGGAAGAAAACGAUGAAAGCGUCAUCACAUACAGGGCAUUGGGUUGUAAUUCCCAAAACACCUCCUUUGUAGACUUGGAAGCUACACCAAAAGUAGUUAAACGCGGCAAAUUAAGCACCGAUAUUCGACCGUGGAGCGUUUCAUGCAUAUCACAAUUAACUGGUAGAAUGAAUGACGAACCAAAAAAUUUUUCCACAUCAGAAUCCGCUUUAUAUAGUUUAUCAAAAAAUUAUCAAGAUACCAAUGGAUGUAACGGACAAGGAAAUAAUUCCACCUCAUCUACAGUUGAGGAAAGCUCCGCUUUGGUAUUUGAAGAUAAAUGUUCGUCAAGUCGACGUAAACGAUUUAAAAUAAGGAAGCGAUAUGAUCGGAAAAAUAAUGGAUCCCCUUAUCAUUCAAUGACGCUCAUUAAAUCGGGAUCAUUUUCGGGACAUAGUCACAUUAGAUCGAAAGCUGAUCGUCAUAGUGUUAGCGAUCCUUCCGCGAUAUCAAUUUGUCAUUUUAUGUGUGAUUCAACAAGUGGUGGAGAAAGCGAAGACAAUCGUAAAUUAAAAAGACUAUCAAGUUUAAAAACGCCUAAACGUCAAAAAUCGGUUGCCCAAGUCGAUAUAGUAAGAGAUGGAAGCCCAGGAAAAAAUAGUUUGAUUGCAGCAGAAGAACAAUCGAGUUCAAUGUCUGAGCAAGCUUGGGAUGGUUUUCAAGAAGAAGCAUAUUUGUCUGAACAAUACAGUGAAACGCAUGAUUCAGACGCAGCAAGAAAAUUGUUGGAAUUUGGAGAGGAUUAUGGAAAUUUCCUGGGAAGCCAAUCGGAUUGGUCCGCGUCGACAAAUCCGGGAUUCUCGCCGCCUUUCCCCCGCAAAAUGAUGCUUCCCGCCACCAUUAAAGAAAUAUCGUUACAUUCCGAUUCGGAUUGCGAUUCCGAUAUUAGAAGUUUACUUCGCGCAAAUCGUCAAGAAUUUAAUUCAAUGGAUAAAAUUUACAAGCGCCAACUCGAAAUUGGAUUAACAGACUACUUAGUAAACAACGACGUGACGGAUGUAUUGGAUAAUUGCAACUGUUUUAUAGAAGUGUUGACGGAUGUAUUGAAUAGAGAUAAUAGCCCUGGUGUUAAGGGUGAAGUCCAAGAUUUGUUAUCGAGCUGGCGCAGCUUAAAGGAUCGUGCACUCACUAUGAAACAGUACAGGGAAUUACAGCGACAAAUCUUAUUUGUUAAGGACGCACUACAUCUUGUUAAAGCUAAAAUUUCUGAGGAAGUUACAGCUGUCGAUUGUAUUGAUGACAUUGCUAGGGACAUCGAUUUUUAUACGGUGGAACUAGACACUUUGUUGGAUCACAAAUCGAAGCUUUUUACGCUCAUAGGAUCCGUCCAUAAAUUCAUCCUCUCCGAUAAAGAGUACAGUUCAUCGUUUUUGAAACGGGACAUAUCUGAGUUGCAUCGUACUUGGUACGAAGUUCAUAGUGGGGUUUUGGGUCGUCUCGCUUUGCUUAAAGAUUUGAAACAAUCGUGGCAAACUUUGGAGAAACGUUUAGAUAAGUUAAGAAUAGAUUUGAAGGAAGAUGAGCAAACGUUAGACCAAAUAUUAGAUGCUGCCGUGAAAGGUGAUGUUUUAUCCAAUCAGACUUUAUCAUCGUUACGCGAUGUUGAUAAAUUACUUUCGGAAGCAUCACCCGAUAAUUCCGUUGAGGGUUAUCCGAAAAUCUCCGAAUUUCUAUUCGAAGGAUCCUGUUCGGACAGCGGAAUGUCGGAUGAAGGGUCAGAACACGAGCCGGGAGAAAGAGAGCACCGACUGUGGUCGAUCAGAAAGUCUGUAAAACAACUAGAAGCCGUCAUGUCGCCGAACUGCGUGAUCAGAGUAUUGAUGGGGGAACGAUUGGCUGCCGCCGAAGAGGAGUUGAAGAGUGUUAGGAAAAAAUGCCAGUCGCUAGUCGUGCGGACCUGCCCCUCGAUGCAAGGUUCAUCAAGCGUGGAAUCGACUUCUACAGCUCCAGAUGGUGGGGAUCCAUCAUAUCCACAAGGAUCAACAAAAACGUCAUGGUUAAGAAGGGUAACCCGAGUUUCGAUACCUUUCCAAUUAGCGUUAAUGGCAAUAUUGUGUGUGGCGUGUCUUUUGGAGCCUCAUUGUUGCGAUAAUAUGAAUACAUUCUCGUUGUCAUUGACGCCCCAUUUGCACUACGUGCGCGGACCGCCACCGGCGUGAUUGGCGCUGCAGUCAACUUUAACACAAUUUAUAUCGUAUAGCAUGUUGUUAUGCCUGUAAAUACAUAACGUUUACAUUUUGUGAAACGCGAGAGAAAGAGGUAUAAUCUUAAAUUAAGAAACAGAGAGCAGAGAUCGGAGACGAUAUAUUUUUUCUAUGCAUUUUCCGAUUUUUUACAAGAGUAAUACUACAUUUAGUAUAGCGUUUUUUUAUAUUUAUAUUUUAUAUAUAACGUUUACAAGUCUGUUUUUCUUCCCCCUUUUUAUCCUUGAUUUUUUAAUAUGUAUUUCACUUAAAUGUAUUACUUAAUGUGUUCUUUUUUAUAAAUGGCCGCCCUGUAUUAUUUUGAAAGUUGACCUAUCUGCUGCAAGGUGGCGCUAGGAGCCGCCUUUCAGCAUCGAUUUUUAUCCUCCAAGUACGUUAUUAUUUAACGCGUUGUUUGUUUUAUAUAUUUAAGAAACCUAAAUUAACGAGGACUUAUUUAGUAUCAUAAUUUAGAUUUUUUGUAAUGUUUUAUAUUACGUUGGAAGAGUAAUAAAUUUUAUCGAAGUAAUUUAGA